AAUUUGUCAGUUGUCACUUUGUGACUGUUACCUGUGUCAAUAGUUUGUCUAUAAUAAUAAAAAUCAACAGUAAAAUAUAAAUUAGUUCUAUUUUUACCAGCUAGUAGGUGGCUAGACCUAGAUUCUAUGCUAUUGGGAAAUGUAUUAAUUAGUUUUGUUUUAUUCAAACAAUUAAAUUCUCGCGAGUGUCAUUAAAAUAGCAUUUAAAUAUUGGUAAUUAAUAUUAAUGGAUUUGCGGUUUGGUUAUCUCUGUUAGUUGCUGAAUUCAUUUGUGAUGAAUAGGACAAAGUGUAAUACCAGUAAAAUGGCGAAAACACCUGAGUUUAACAAUGAAACUGAAAUAAGUGCCGACGUGUAUCGUCUUAUCACAAACGAAGAUAAACCGCCUGAUAUAAAAUAUGGAAAAGAAAAUUCGUGGGUUGCCGGCGUUCAAAUGUUUGUUUCGUUUUUGCUUGCUGGAUUUGGCAUGGUGGCGGCGAGUUUGUUACUGGAUGUUGUACAACAUUGGCAAGUUUUUGAGCAAGUGUCAGAAGUGUAUAUACUAGUGCCAGCAUUGCUGGGUUUGAAGGGAAACUUGGAAAUGACUUUAGCGUCGAGGCUUUCUACUCAUGCUCAUUUAGGUCAUCUUGAAACAAGCUUAAAUUCAUUAGUAGUAGGUAAUUUAUGUCUUAUUCAAUGUCAGGCUAUUCUAGUAGGAUUCCUGGCAGCAAUGGCAGCCGUAGCUAUGGGCUGGAUACCCAAAGGACAAUUUGACAUUCAUCAUGCAAUGUUGCUUUGCGCAUCCAGUGUACUCACAGCUUCCUUUGCUAGUUUUGUCCUUGGUUUGAUCAUGAUUGGUGUUAUAGUUGUUUCAAAAAAGCUAAAUAUAAAUCCGGAUAAUAUAGCUACACCUAUAGCAGCUAGUCUUGGAGACUUGACAACAUUGGCACUAUUGUCUUGGAUAGCAUCUCUGUUGUACAAGUCUAUUGGCACAAGUGUAGUGCUACCAUCUAUAAUUAUAAUAGCCGGAGCUAUGUUAGUGCCAUUGUGUGGCUAUAUUGCAUGGAAGAAUAACUUUACUAAACAAGCUUUAGACGAAGGAUGGGUUCCUGUUGUAUCUGCAAUGGUCAUUAGUAGUGCAGGGGGCCUAAUAUUGGACUACACAGUAUCCAAUUAUAAGGGUAUAGCUGUAUUUCAGUUAGUUAUAAAUGGUAUAGGAGGUAAUAUGGCAGCUGUUCAUGCAUCAAGAUUGUCCACAUUGUUACACACUGGUCAGAAAGAAGGUGCAGUGAUAGGUAAUACAACAAAAUUGUUAUUAUUGAUGGUAAUACCAGGACAAUUAAUAUUUAUUUACACAAUAGGUUAUCUUAAAGCUGGACAUACUUCUUUAACUCCCAUAUUUAUAUUAAUUUACAUGUCAGCUGCAUUAUUACAAGUAUUUCUUCUAUUAACUAUAAGUCACUAUAUUGUUAUAUGGAUGUGGAAACUAGGCUUGGAUCCUGAUAAUUCGGCUAUCCCAUACUUAACUGCAUUAGGCGACUUAUUAGGGACUGCAUUGUUAGGUAUAGCUUUUCACAUUCUUUAUGCCAUUGGAGACAAAGACAGUGAUUUGGGUGACUGACAUAUAUUAAUUUUUCAAUUUGUAAGGUAUAUUUUUACUUUCUAAAUUUUACUGUACUUAAAUGUAUGUAUUGUUUUCUAAAAUAUUUAUUUUAUCUGUAGUUUAACUUUAACAAUAUAAGACAUAGCAAUACUUCAUAUUGGUGCUAAUAAAAUAUUUUCAUAUCGCAAGAACAUAUUUUUGAA